AUGGAGGGCACUUCCUUCGCAAGGCUGCUCCUUUACCUGGCGGUUUUCAUCAAUUGCACAGCUGCUUACUCAUUUAGCCAAUCUAAGAAUGCAAGACAAAAUGGGAACGUCUUUUUCACGCCAAUGCCAACCAGGGAGGGAAGGGAAAGCCAUUUGAAGGAGGCGAGCCAAAACGCUCAGGAGGGUUACAACCCUAGAAAGGAAAAAAAUGCCGUCAAGAUAAAAAAAAAUUUGAACAAGCUAUUUAAGACGUUAUAUCCGAAUGAGGCACAGAUGGAGGAAAGGGAACGAAGGGAAGGUGAUUGCCAAGGGAGGGGCAUCGAUUACAUGGCGGGCGCGGAGGAUAUGCAUGGUAUGCAUGCUAAGCAGGGAACGCAGACGAAGAAUAGAAGCUACGAUGGGGUGGGAGCUGCCACUUACAGCGCAUUUCCAAGGGGGAGUCACGAUGAAGAGGUGCGGAACGGACGACGCAAGGGGGGCCUCCCCAGUGGGAAUGUCCUGAGCAGAGAUUUGCCCAGCAGUUACGCGGUUGGCCAAGGGGGGGAAACGGGUGAGUACCACGGUGGAGGUAACGUCGAACGGAGCCAGAAGGGAGAAGCAAACCAGCAGAACGCCGCCAACCAACAGAGCCCCGCCAACCAGCAGAGCGCACUUCACCUUUGGGGGGAAAGCGAAAAACUAAAAAGUGAAUCCAAAUUUGCCCUGAUGGAUUAUCUGAAGGAUUUCUUCCAGAAAUCGACCUACAUGAAAAAGUUUCAGAAUUUUAUCGAAAUUUUUUUUAACAAAUAUGAUCAGCGUGUGUUAGAGUCUACGAUUUUUUUUAAUUUUGACGAGACGUUAUUUUAG